GAGGCCGGCGGCCCUGCGAGGGGGAGAGCAGCGAGGUCCCGGAGCACGCGGAGGAGGCCUCUGCCUCGCCAGGCGGCCAGGAAGGCGCGGGAGAUGUGGAGGCGCGGUGUGCGGCUGAACACCAAGGCGACCAGGGCCAGGAGGGCCAGGGAGGCCAGGGCCAGGGCCAGCGCCAGGAGGGCGGAGGCCCGAGCAAGGGAGGACGCCAGGCCUGAGUCCAGAGGCCGGAAGAGGUCGAGCUCCAAGGUCAGGGAAGAGGCAGGAGCCCGUCCAGACACCAACAGCGGAUAAAGCAGAGUCGCCUUGCAGCGGGCGGGGAAAGGCGUGGACAAAGACCUCCACGAAAUCCCGAGCUUCCCAGAAUGCAGUGGGGAGCCCAUAGUGUGGGAGAGGCUUCAGGUUCUCAGGGCACUGAUGCCUUUCCCACACAGACUGCUGAGAAAGCAGCUCUCACUCUCAAUGAAGCUGGUUAUAAGACUUCC